AUGCCCACCCCAUUCACCUAUCACGCCAAAGCGCAGUCCACCUUCAAGCCGCCUCUCAUUGCUAACGAGAAUGCGUAUCUGGGCGAUGUCUUCUCAAGUGACAAGAACAAUGCCGACAAACCCAUCUCCUGCGGCUUCUAUCGUCUAGAAAAAGGCACUCCGCUCAUCUACGAGUAUCACUACGACGAGAUGAAGAUCAUCGUCGAAGGCCAAUUCGAGAUCUCGGAUGAGACCGGCCAAACAGUCACGGCCGGGCCCGGGGAUGUGUUCUAUUUCCCCAAGGGAUCCAAGAUUACUUUUACGACGGAAGACUAUGGGCUGGCGUUCUACACCGGACAGCGCGCCGAGGGCCAGGCGUGA